GCCGAUCGAGUCGAUCGAGUCUGAUUAUAUUUGAUUAUUUAUACAUGCUCUAUUGGAUUUUUAGGGGGAGUCGGCGACACAAAGGGAUAUUUCAUUUAAUAUUAAGCUGAAGUAAUAGCACGGAAUGUGGGUGUUCAUGUUAUAAUUUAGGAAAUUUCUUUUGAAAAAUACAAUUCUUAAUCUAUGUCCGAAUGUCAAUGUCGAGCCGGCCGAAUGUCUUGUUCGUUCAAGCGAAUGUGCAUUGCGACUAUGUGCAGCCGACGCUACAGACGCGCUGCGAUGCGGGCGCUCCGCGAAGCUCCACGGCUUGACAGCUGAAAGGUUACAACUGUACACUCUGAUGACUCUGAUUUUCUCCGUGCUGCCUCUAACGAUAAGGGAAAUUGUUAUGAGUCAGCCCAAUUAAUAACCGGAUCCCAUGGUUAGAAGAGGUGCUUUUAAACUAAACAAACGUGUGUGUGUACGUACAUACAAGAAAGUCUAGAAGGUAUGCAAAUGUUUUCUCAGCGGGCUUGCAACCAAAAACAAAUAACAUCGCUCGAUGGUACGGAUCAACUGGCGGAUGAGCUGGAUGAACCGGCGCUGACGUCGCUGCCUGACGUGCCGCUACUCGGGGUGCUGUCGCAUUUGCCGGCCGCGGACCUCGGCGCCGUCGGGCGGGUCUGCACCCGGCUGCGCGCGCUGACCAGGUCCCAUCGGUCGCUGUGGCGGGGCAAGCGCGCCCGCUUGCAGGACCCUGGUGCACUCGUUGACCUGCUGAGAGCCGCGCCGCCCUGGGACACCCUGGAGCUCAGGGUAGCACACGCACGUGUCAAUCCCCGCAGUGCUCGUCGUGGACCCGCCUCUGCGCCCGAGGAAGGACGUGGGGGCCAAGGGGACGCGCAGGGCACGCGAACCCCACCCGUCGACAAGAUCCAAAAUUUUCUACUGAUAGAUUUCCUCUCCAGCAAAAAGUUGGUCGUUUCAGUGGUCUGCUACGCGCCUUGCCCUAGCAAAAGCGGGGAUGAAGAUAAAAGUGCACCCAUUUGGCGUUCCAGCGGACUCCACGCCGUCAGGAUCAUCCGGCUGCUCGGGCCGCGGACGAGGCACCUCAUCAUCGACAACUGCUCUGCCGCCGUCUUUCCACUUCUCGACGGCCUGCGGACGGCCAAGUCCUUGCAAACUUUGUGCUUGAAGUCGGACUGGAUGAGCGAGAUACAACCGCCCCCAUCGCUGGACGAGUGGUGGCCGCAGAGUUCGCCGCUGCCAAAGCUGUGCUCCGUGGAGCUUGAUGUGGCCAGCUGCCCCUUCUGCUCCCCGGCUUGGCCCGGCGCGUCCGCGUUCAACAUCUCCUGCCUGCGAGUACUGCUCGAGGCGCACAGGAGGCAGCUGCGCUGCGUGUCGCUGCGCCUGGCCGCGCUGCUGCCGCUCCUGGAGCUGUGCCCCGGCGCCCUCCCCCGACUGACGGCCCCGGCCGGCCCCGGCCUGGCCGCGGGGCUGCGGCACUUGCGCGACCUGCGGAAGCUCAAGAUCGUCCGCACGACCGUGGAGCUCGAGUCAGAGGUGGACGCUCUGCUGGCGUCCUGGCCGGGGCCGCUGCAGGCUCUGCAGCUACCGCUCUGCACCGAGAGGACGGUGCGCGCCGUGGGGGCGGGCGCGCUCACCAGCCUCUCGCACCUGCACCUGGACCUGGCGGAGGCCGGCGCGCUGCGCGUCCUGCCCGCCGCCCUGCGCGCCCUGCCCCGCCUGCGCUCGCUCGUCCUGCGCACCGCGCCGCCGCCCGACGUCCUGCGCGACAUCUCCGCCGCUGCCCUGCCGGCCCUCUGCCUGCUCACCAUCCUGUGCGACCCUUGUCCCGCCAACAACUUGUACAGCCGGCGCGCCGCGCUCCGGGAGCUGGUGGUCCGCUCCGCGACGCAGCUCCACGUGGUCCGUCCCGCACUCACGCCAAGCCCCGGCCUCCCUGCCGCCAAGCAGGUCUACUUGUUCGCCAGCCACUCUGCGGCAGACUGCGAGUCCUGCCGGCUGUGCACCGAGGCGCGGGAGACCGCAGCGUUGACAUCCCCCGUCAAACUGCCCAUAUACGUCUGCUUGGCAACGGAUGGUGCCCGGGCGUAGCACAAAAGGUGUCUCGCUGUGAACUAUGAAUGAUGUCUUAUGAAAUUAAAUUAUGAAAUAAAAUAAAUUAAAACACA